CAGAGAGUUUCCAGAACUGAGAAGUUUCCACCAAUGGUCCACAUUUCCAACUUGGAUAUCAUGGUUUGAAGGUUUGCAGACACUUCCUGGGAUUCAUGACUCACCUUUCCCUAAUGACCUCCCCAAAUCCUGGAGCCAACCCUAUUUUCCAAUGGCUGGAAUAAGAAUCCUUCUCUAAGAUCUACUGGUCAUAAUGGGGAAACGGAUUAAAUUUUGGGGACAGGAGAAGCGGUUAACCCGACGGAAGAGGCUCCAAUGGAGUCGAGUCCUUUUCCUUUUGGGCAUGGUACUCAUCGGCUCUACUUACCAGUUUUUGAGGAGCCAGUGGGCCCUGCCUACACUAUGGACAGCCAUGUAUUCCCAGCACCCUGUGAAAAUGGCCAGCCGGGACCUUCCUAACAGUGAAACAGUAACAUUGGACAGUGACCAUCAGAAAUCCAGUCUAGAAAUGGAAGGCAGUACUCUAAAUCCCCAAGUUACAGAAGACAGGGACAAGUUAACACUCCCAGCAACUGUGGCAAAGAAACUAAAUACACCCAGGAGAAUAGUGAAUAACUCUACUCCAGUGACUCCAGUGACACCUAGGAGAAGGAAGAAAAAUUAUACCUUAACAACAGGCAAGCAAAUAGUGAAGAACUAUACUCCAACCACAUUCAGUAGAAAUUUUCAGAACCCUACCUCAACUACACCUGAAAGAACUGAGGACUAUAUGAUUACCCCCAAGGCAACAAUGAAAAACAAUGACACAAUGACAACUAGGAAAACGGUGGAAAAGAAGCUUCUGGCUACCCCAGGGACCCCUAAAGAAAUAAUUGAGAACACCCCAACUAUUCUAAAAAGAAUAAUACAGAACACUGUCUCACCUUCUGCAACAAAAGUAGUGGAAAAAACAACUCCAAUUAUUCCUAAAAGGAUAAAGAAUACCUCAGCUGCCCCCAAGAGAGUAGUGGAAAAGAACACUCCAACUAGCCCCGAAAGAUUAUUAGAGACCACCCCAGCUUCCCCUAAGAGAGCAAUGGAAAAGAAAACCCCAACUAUCCCCAAGAGAGCAGGGGAGAAGAACACCCCAACUGCUCCUAAGACAGUAGAGGAGAAGAAGAAUUCAAAUGCUUCUAAGAGAAGAGAAGAGGAAAAUGUCCCAAGUGUUCCCCAAACAAUGAUGAAGAUAAGCACUAUGGUACCCAGCACAUCAGUGGAGAACAAUACUUCUCCUGGAUUGGGUAUCAUGAAUACUCCAACUAGAGCUAGAGUACUGACAACAAGAAUCUCCUCAACCAGGGUGAUGACGAAGAGAACCUCUACAGCCAGUCUCAGAGAAGGAGCACAUAGCACUACAUUAUCUGCCAUGGGUAUCAUUGCCCCUACCACCCAGAUCCGGCACUGUGUGUUUGUAGAACCUGUCCCAACAGUUCCUGCCAGCCUCUCCCCUUCAACAGGCAUGACUCCUUUCCUUCAUGAGGCUAGCCGUAGCUCCCCUGCAGCCCCUAAGCUGUUAGACUUUCACCCCAAGGCGGAAUACCCUCCAGACCUGUUCAGUAUAGAGGAGCGGAGGCAGGGUUGGGUGGUCCUACACCUCUUUGGAAUGAUAUAUGUGUUUGUGGCCUUGGCCAUUGUGUGUGAUGAAUACUUUGUCCCAGCUUUGGGGGUCAUCACCAAUAAGCUACAGAUCUCUGAGGAUGUGGCUGGAGCCACCUUCAUGGCAGCUGGUGGUUCUGCUCCUGAGCUCUUCACCUCACUCAUUGGAGUUUUCAUCUCCCACAGCAAUGUGGGCAUUGGCACAAUUGUGGGCUCUGCUGUGUUCAACAUCCUCUUUGUCAUUGGUACUUGUGCCCUAUUCUCCAGAGAAGUCCUCAACCUCACCUGGUGGCCCCUGUUCCGCGAUGUCUCCUUCUAUAUAUUUGACUUGAUGAUGCUUAUCCUCUUCUUCUUGGACAGCCUGAUCACCUGGUGGGAGAGCUUAAUGCUCCUCAUGGCCUAUGCCUUCUAUGUCUUUACCAUGAAAUGGAACCGAGAACUUGAAGUCUGGGUCAAAGAACAGCUCAACAGGAGAACAAUGGCUAAGAUUAUGGUUGGGACAGGCCUCAGCAAGACAGGCAAUGGGGACAUAGCUGUGGAUGACCAGGAAGAUAGCAACAAAUCGAAGCUCCCGUCCACUCUGACCCGAGGAAGCAGUGCAGCCUCGCUACACAACAGCACCAUUCGCAGCACCAUCUACCAGCUCAUGCUGCACACUCUGGACCCCCUAGGGGAAGUAGAAGAACCUGCAGAGCCCGAUGAGCUCCCAUCAGUCAAAGUUUCUCCAGCCUCUGCUGUGCACACUGCCAAAGAUCAUGAUGAGCCAACCCCUGAUGGGCAGGAGGACCCAGAUACUGGAGCAGAUGAUAAAGGUGAAGGUGAAGGUGAAGGUGAAGUUCUAGGUAAAAAUGAAGAUGAUUCUGAGGUUGAAACUAGAGGUGUAGAGGAAGUUGAAAACCAAGCAGGAGAAAAUAAUGAAGAUGAAGAUCAAGAUGAAAGCAAAGGUGAAGAUGAACCUAAAGAUCAGGACAAAGAUGAAAGUCAAGGUGAAGGUAAAGGUGAAGGUGAAGGUGAAGAUGACUCUGAGGAUGAAACUGGAGUUCUAGAGGAAGCUGAAAACCAAGCAGUAAAAAAUAGUGAAGUUGAAGGUGAAACUAAAACUGAAGAUGAACCAGGAGGUCCAGACAAAGAUGAAACUCAAGGUGAAGAUGAAGGUGAAACUCAAAGGGCCAAUGAUGAUGAAAUUGAAGGGGAAGGUGAAACUCAAGGUCAAGGUACAGAGGAAGGUGAUGAGAAGGGUGAAAAAGACCAUGGAGAGGGAAGUGCAGGGGAAGGUGCAGAAAGAGAUGAAGAAGGUAGUGAAGGUGGAGAAGGUGAAGAAGAAGGUGACAAAAAGGGUGAAGAAGACAAUAGAGAGGGAGGUGCAGGAGAAGGAGAAGAAAAAGAUGAAGAAGGUGAUGAGAAGGGUGAAGAAGACCAUGGAGAGGGAGGUGAAGAAAAAGAUGAAGAAGGUGGAGAAGGUGAAGAAGGUAAUGAAAAGGGUGAAGACCAUGAAGAGGGAGGUGCAAGGGAUGGCAAAGAAAGAGAUGAAGAAGGUGGAGAAGGUGAAGAAGAAGGUACAGGAGGAAGGACAGAGGCAGGUGCUGAGGAAGGUAAAGAAGGAGGUGGAGAAGGGAGAGAAGAUGAAGAAGAAGGUGGAAAAGAAGAUAUAAAGGAAGGUGAAGAAGAAGGUGGAGAAGGUGAAGAAGAAGGUGAUGAUGACAGUGAAGAUGAGGAUGAGGAAGAAGAUGAAGAGGAAGAUGAAGAAGAAACUGAGGAGCCUCUGUCACUAGAAUGGCCUGAAACAAGGAGUAAACAGGCCAUUUACCUCUUCCUUUUACCCAUCAUUUUCCCCCUGUGGCUGACAGUUCCAGAUGUCAGGAAACCGGAAUCUAGGAAGUUCUUUGUGAUCACAUUUCUGGGCUCCAUCCUGUGGAUAGCCAUGUUCUCAUACCUCAUGGUGUGGUGGGCUCACCAGGUUGGUGAAACAAUUGGGAUUUCUGAAGAGAUUAUGGGCUUGACAAUCCUAGCAGCAGGCACCUCAAUUCCUGACCUCAUUACAAGUGUUAUUGUUGCAAGGAAAGGCCUAGGAGACAUGGCUGUGUCCAGCUCAGUGGGCAGCAACAUAUUUGACAUCACUGUUGGUUUGCCAGUUCCUUGGUUACUCUUCUCUGUCUUCAAUGAGUUACGGCCUGUUCCAGUGAGCAGCAAUGGCUUGUUCUGUGCAAUUGUUUUGCUCCUUCUCAUGCUCCUGUUUGUGAUCUCUUCAAUAGCAUCCUGUAGAUGGAGAAUGAACAAAAUCCUAGGGUUUACCAUGUUUCUCCUUUACUUCAUAUUCUUGAUUGUCAGUGUAAUGUUAGAAGAUCGAAUCAUAUCCUGUCCCAUCUCUGUCUGAGUCAGUCUCGAGGCUGCCAUUGAAUGAAGAGCAAAUGAACAUGUGAUGUUCCUCUGUGACUCACUGUGUUUCCCCAAGGAUGAAUUCCACCCAUGGCGUUGUUGCUUGAGAGGGUGGCUGGGAGUUUUGACAGUAAGCGAUGUCAGGAACCAAAGGCCUGAUGGUGACUUGGUUUCAUACUUGGUUGACGGAAUAUUCUUCCCUGAAGGGCUCUCCCCCAGACCUCAUGCUCCAGUGUAGUGUACACACUAAUGCUAUACAGGUGUAAUUGAAACUAGAGAACUAUUUUUUUAAAUGAGGGGUAGGUGAAAGGGGCUAUUGAAGAUAGCCUUCACCAUUACACUAUUCCCUGGCCAUAUCUGAGGAACCCCUGAAGCCUCCUAAUUUCACAAAUCUUCUUUAGGCUAUAAAUCAGAUUGGUCAAGCCAGUGGACAUGGUUUCUAUAUCUCCUUCUCUGAGCAAAUAUUGUGCUCUGCUUUCUCCUCUUACCACAUUUUCUUGAAUAAGGUGCCCAUCAAGUUUAUAGUCAAAUUAUUUUUUUGUGAAUUUAGGUAAAGGUCACUAGUAGGAAGAAGCAUUAUGAGAAGCAAACACUGUUCACCAGUAUCAGUUCAUCUUAAAUGAUACUGACUUUGAGCAUUUGGACAGUCUUUUUCUAAAAAUGAAGGUGUGUGAGGUAGAGUUCCCCACAUGUAGCAAUAAUUUCUAGCUUAGAAGGGGAAAAGUUUAAGCUCCUAAGAGUAUGAGCACUUUAAAAAAGAGGAAGGAGCAGGACUAAUGAAAAGUUCUGAUUUUCUCUCACAUUAGGAGUGCUGGGAGUGAGGCAAAUAUUGGAGAGGAAGAAAACAAAGUAAGACAAUGACUUUAAAAGCAAAUGUAAUAGAAUUUAUGCAUCCAAAUGAGUGAUGUUCUCUUUGAAGUAGUCCCUUGGGAAGCAAUACACUUAUUCUAACUGUUGCCAUUUGCUGAAAACAGUUCCGGGACUUUUCUUUUGGCAACAUCUAAAGCCCCAACACAUCUUUUGAAUAUCCUGAGUGGUGGCAAAUCUUUGUCCUUUGGGGAUGGAUUUGAUUUUUGGAAACAAUCACUGGAACCACUUUGGGCAAUCAAAUUUGGAACAUUGUUUUUUAGUUUUUAAAGAACAAAAUAAAGAAACAAAAACAUUCAAGGUGUGACUAUGAAGAACUGAGAUGGCUUUUUGGCUUGUAAACUGGCUCUGAAAGGAAAAACAGGAGUCUUUCAAAGUGCUUUGGGCAGCAUCCUUAGAAUAUAUAACAUAUAACCUCACAAGGUUAUUAGUUUGAUGGGGGUGGUAUUUAUUUGGCUAUAUGAGCUCUGAUAUGGUCAAGAAAGUACCACUUUUUUUUUUUGUGAGGCGAUUGGGGUUAA